AUGAAACAAAUCGAAAUUAUGAGGGCCAGGAGUGCAACUAGGAGCAUAUUUAAUAUUGUAUCUUGUUCUGAUUUCGUUUAUUACAGUGAUACAAAAUUCCCAAAGGAUGCAGGAAAAAUAUUGUAA